ACUAGACAAAACCUUGUUUAUCGUCACCAUCACAAACUCCGUUCACUUUACCGCUGACAAACAGUUUGAUUGACAGCAGAUCUAUCUAUCUAAGUUUCACAGUAAAGGAGGAUAGAAAUGUGUGAUUAAUGGCCACAGCUUCCUGUUCAUGUUUCAUGUCACAGAGUUCCUCAAACAGAAGAAACAAGUUCACACACUGCAAACUGCAUCAGUAGUGCUGAUUUUACUUGUUCAAGUAGGAAAAUCUGAAGUAAAACCCAAACCAACCGUGACUGGAGUUCCUCAGAGCUUCAUCUACACUGGAGACGUUGUUACUCUGAACUGUGAGCUGCAGGAGCAGCAGUCUACUGAAUGGACAUUUAUCUGGCUCAUUCAUCAGUUUCCUCUACCACUAGUAACUACAAACACCAACCCACUCAGUGUGUCAACCACUGAUGCAGGAAAAACAGAGUACCUGUGUAUAGGACGCAGGAAAAACUACGACUCAGAGUUCAGUGAUACAGUCACAAUUACAGUUAAAGAGAGACCAAAAGCUGUUCUGAACCUGCUGCCUGAUGGACGAAUAUUCAGUGGAGAACAUGUUACUGUCACAUGUGAAAUACAAGACACAAACAAGAACUGGAUGUACAACUGGUUUAAAGAUAAUCAAAAACUUUUCCCUGCUAAUGAGAACAGAGAAUAUUCAUUCACUGCUACAGAGCAGGACAGUGGUAGUAGCUAUACCUGCAGUGGACAGAGAAAAAUUCACUCCCAGAACUCAGAGAUCAGUAAUACUGUUACACUGACUGUAUCAGCAAAACCCAAACCAACUGUGAUUGGAGUUCCUCAGAGCUUCAUCUACACUGGAGACGUUGUUACUCUGUACUGUGAGCUGCAGGAGCAGCAGUCUGCUGGAUGGACAUUUAACUGGUACAAAAUAACUGGGAAGAAUCCGACACCUGUAACUCCAAACACCAACCCACUCAGUGUAAAGACCACUAAUGCAGGAGUAACAGAGUAUCAGUGUAGAGCUCACAGGAGAAACUACGACUCAGAGUUCAGUGAUAGAGUCACAAUUACAGUUAAAGAGAGACCAAAAGCUGUUCUGAACCUGCUGCCUGAUGGACGAAUAUUCAGUGAAGAAAAAGUCACUCUCACAUGUGAAAUACAAGACACAAGUGAGGACUGGAAGUACAACUGGUUCAAAUAUGAUCACAAACUUUCCUCUGCUGGUGAGAACAGAGAAUAUUCAUUCACUGCUACAGAGCAGGACAGUGGUCGCUAUACCUGCAGUGGACAGAGUAAAAUUCACUCCCAGAGCUCAGAGAUCAGCAAUACUGUUACACUGACUGUAUCAGAGAGACCAAAUGCUGUUCUGAACCUGCAGCCUGGUGGACGAAUAUUCAGUGGAGAACAUGUUACUCUCACAUGUGAAAUACAAGACACAAACAAGGACUGGAAGUACUACUGGUUUAAAGAUAAGCUACAACUUCUCCCUGCUGGUGAGAACAGAGAAUUAUCAUUCACUGCUACAGAGCAGUACAGUGGUAGUAGCUACACCUGCAGUGGUGAGAGUAAAAUUUACUCCAUGAACUCAGAGAUCAGUAAUACUGUUACACUGACUGUAUCAGAAUUAAAGCCUAAACCUAAACUCACAUCUAACCUUAAUGGAGCAGCACUAACAGGAAACUCAGUGACUCUGUACUGUGAGCUGGAUCCACAGUCUGCUGGAUGGAAGUUUUACUGGUUUAAACAAACACAGAACCAUCAGACUGAAACUACAACACACAGCUACACCAUCAGCUCAGUUAGUGUUUCUGAUGUGGGUCAGUACUGGUGCAGACCUGGGAGAGGAAACCCAGUCUACUAUACACACUACAGUGAUGCACUCUGGGUAAAUGUUACUGAGAGUCCUAAAGCUGUGGUGACCAUAAAUCCUGAUAAUCAGGUGUUUAGUGGAGAAACUGUCACUCUCAGAUGUGACAUACAGAGAGGAGGAGAUGCUGAGUGGACAUACAGCUGGAAUAAAACUGGUGGAUUUAACCCAGUUAGAACAACACAGGAGUUCAGUAUCAGAUCUGUUAUUUACUCUGAUGGGGGUAAAUACACCUGCAGAGGUGAGAGGAAAAGUGACUCAGAGAACUCAGAGAUCAGUGAUACUGUUAUACUGACUGUAUCAGACCGACCACAGCCGGUACUGAAUGUAUCUGUACAGAACUGGCUGACUGAAGGAGACUCAGUGACUCUAAGUUGUGAGGUUCGAGGUUCCACUACAGGCUGGAUAUUCAGCUGGUACAAAGUGAUUCAAUACAGCAGCAGCUUCAUUAGAAGAGAAAACUUAGUUCUCCUCUCAGACAGCAGCAGAGGAGCUGGAGGCUCGUACACUCUCAGUCCUGCUGUUCUCAAUCACACAGGGGUUUAUGUAUGUGGAGCAGAGAGAGGAGAACCAGCCUAUCACACACAGUACAGCCAACCACAACCACUGUGGAUCACUGGUGAAUCUGGUUCAGUGUCUCUGAUCAUCAGUCCUAGCAGAACUCAACACUUUUAUGCUGACUCUCUCUCACUGAGCUGUAAAGGACAGAGAGACUCUACUGGAUGGAGAGUGAGACGAUACAGAGAGAGUAAAGACGUGUCAGACUGUUCAUCAGAUUGGAAAUCAGCUUCUGGAUCUACAUGCAACAUCAGCUUUCUCUAUUCAUUCUACACUGGAGUGUACUGGUGUCAGUCUGAAUCUGGAGGCAGCAGUAAUCCUGUCAACAUCACAGUGCACGAUGGUGAUGUGAUCCUGGAGAGUCCUGUCCAUCCUGUAACUGAGGGACGUUCCCUGACUUUACGCUGUUUAUAUAUUCAAACAAAUGUCUCAGACCACCAGGCUCAUUUUCAUAAAGAUGGUUUAGUCCUUCAGAAACCAACGACAGACAAUAUGACCAUACACAGUGUCUCAAAAUCAGAUGAGGGUUUCUAUCACUGUAAACACCCAGAGAAAGGAGAGUCACCAAAAAGCUGGAUCUCAGUCCAAGUGUCUAGUCGAUCACAUUCAGAAGACCUGCUGUGGGUGCUCAGGCUGAUGACAGUGUCUCUGUUUGUGCUGCCCACCAUCAUUCUGGUGAACAUAUAUUACAGAACUCAAGCUAAACCUGAUGAAACAGAGAGAUGGAACAGAGAAUAUGAAGUAAUUGAAGCUGAAGCUUCUUGCUGAGUGAUAAAUGGGUGAUGAAGCUUCUACUUUAGAAUUAGAAUUCAUAUAGAUUUAAGAGCAGAUGAAUCAGUAAAAAGUUUCAUAUGUUUGUGGACGUGAUCUGUUAGGAAAUGCAGGAUUAGUGAUACACGACUGUGAUGCAGUUCGAAUUAAAACUUCAAAUAAUGACCUACAUGCUUUCUAAUUCCACAUACUGUACAUGAAUUAUAUUAAGAAUACAAACUCCAUAUACAGAGAAAUUGGGACAUGUACAAAGAAAUUACUUUUAUUGUAUUGGCUGAGCAACUUGUACUUUGUGGAAUUUUUACAAAAGUUGGGACAGGGACAAAAUAAGAGUGAGUUUACAAUUUAUUGAGGUUACAUCAUUUUGAAACAUUCAACAAUAAACAGGUGACUUGAUAAUGGGGGGGGGGGGGGGGGUAUCA